AUGUCUUCUUCUUUUGUUAAUAAUAAUAAUGAAUGUUUCUAUCAAAGUAUCGAAGCAAAACGUCAGAAAAAUAUUGAAGAUAAUCGUCGUUUUCUUGCUGCACUGAAAAUUAAUGAUAUUCGUGAUGAAAUUAAAGAAAUAACUAGUAAUACUGACAUCGAAAAUGUCAGGUCAAACGAACGACGAGCUGUAAAAAAGAACAUAAAACCAGAUACUGUUCGUCGAGGUUCAAGAAUUCGAAAGAAUAUCAUUCCAAUUGAAAAUAUACCACCAAUAGAAGAGAAACAAAAGAAGAAGACAACAAAAAAGACUGAUGAAAAUCGAAUUCAUUCUCUACCAAAAAUCAAAUUACAAUUGCCUGAUCAUAUGUUAAUACGAUAUCACUCAACAACUAAAAAAGUCGCUUUACACAAUACUAAGGCUAAAUUUGGUGAUAAUGUUAAUGAAAAUACAUUGAUGUGA